CGCGGCCGGUCUGUCCUCGCCAUGCGGCCGCAGCAGGCGCCGGUGUCUGGGAAGGUGUUCAUUCAGCGAGACUACAGCAGUGGCACACGCUGCCAGUUUCAGACCAAGUUCCCUGCGGAGCUGGAGAACCGGGUUUGAAAAUUGAACUUCCGCUUGAUAGUUGAACCAAAUAACAUGUAUGCAGAAUCUGACAUUAGCCGUUCAGAACGUGUGGUGGGUAGUGCUUUAUACAGUGUUGAUAGGCAACAGUUUGAAGAAACCGUUCGAACCCUAAAUAACCUGUACGCAGAAGCAGAGAAGCUCGGGGGCCAGUCCUAUCUCGAAGGCUGUUUGGCUUGUUUGACAGCAUACACCAUCUUCUUAUGCAUGGAGACCCACUAUGAGAAGGUUCUGAAGAAAGUCUCCAAGUAUAUUCAAGAACAGAAUGAGAAGAUAUAUGCUCCCCAAGGCCUUCUCCUAACAGACCCCAUUGAGAGAGGACUUCGAGUUAUUGAAAUUACCAUUUAUGAAGACAGAAGCAUGAGCAGUGGAAGAUAAACCAUUGACUUCAAGAUCCCACCUCCCGCUGGGACCCUCGUCCAUCCACUGACUGAUCACAGAGUGUCCCCUACCUCUUCUCCGAGCAUCAUUCCUUUGUAUCUGCUGCCAGAGCCAUGGUGCCAUUUACUCCAAGGACUAACUUUCUAAAAUUCCAUACCUGGAGUGACCUCUAGUCGCUCAGCAUCCACUUUGUGUCUCCAAAUUGUGUAGGACUCUAAUCUUGUGAUGAGUUUCUGAGAAAACACCAUGAAGCAUUUCAUUGUUUAAAUUCAGAGCCAUUUAGUAAAAUAUGCAGUUGCUCAUCCAGUGCAUUUUUAUUUCUUCCCUGCCACCAGUGCCACUUUAUUGCUUGGGCCAGUUUCCUAGGUGGCUUUGUUUUGGUUUUGGGGGUUUUUUUUUGCCCAGGAAUUGAACUCAGGACCUUGUGCUUGCCAGGCAGGCACUUGCACUGCUGAGCUAUGUCCCUGGCUCCCAGGUGGCUUUUGACUUCAACAAGUCCUGUCUUAACCAAUAUGCAGACUGAUUCCCCCAAGUUAAUAAAAGGCUUUCUUCCAGGUGGAUUACGUGUGUCUGGUUUUGCUAGCUCAGCUUCUAGAUUUCAAAGAAUGACCCAUUUUGCUGAUUCAAAUCCUAAGAUUGAUUUCUGUUCUUCAGUUUCUCAAAUUGAAUCUCAUUGAAAAUAAUGUACAAUAUGAUUUGUCUCAUAAUAGCAGCUAUUCCUAAUUAAAGCAGUAUUUAAUGCAAUUCCCAGUUAAUUUCUUUGGUGAUUUUUAUAUUAUUGCAUUACCUUGAAUAUCAAGAAGAUACAAUCUGUGUUGCCUGUUCAUUACACAGAUAAGCACAAUAAAGUGGAUGCUAAACUAUCAACACAUAAAUGUCUUUGCUGUGUCCCUGAGUGUGUAACAAGCAAGUGUAAUACAUAUUGUAACUAGUUUUGUUAUAACUGUAACUUAUGAGGGAAAAAUUUGAUAGGAAUAAUACUGUAUAUUGCUAAUUUUUAACCCUACUGACAACAUUAUGAUACAUUGACUCAUAUACAGUAUUCAUUGCACACAGAAAUCUUAUGAUUGGUUAAAGUUAAGUACUUACACGUUAAACCCUCUGCUGAGUCUAUAUUCCUAGCUCUUGUCUGUAUGUUCUUAGUAUUGGGUUUUGGAUGCCCGUCGUUCUUUUGGGGGUUUGAGAGCACUGUACUUGAGAAAAAGCUAAGAGAUAUAUUAGGAAAGAAUGAAGUAGUUAAAAGUUUUAUUUUCAGAGAUACCGUAGGUGCUAAUACUGGAUUUAACCUUCAGAUUUAAUUUCUUUUCUGGAUCUGGUAGUUAUUCAGUAAAUCCCAUAGGUCUAUGUAAUAUUUUAAUUGUAUAAAAUUCCUUUAUUACUUUGUAGCCUGUAACAGAGUGUCUGUCUGCCUUUUAAACCCGUUGCAAUAACUUUGCUGAAAUAUUAACAUAUUAGUAAAACUUUUCUUAAACAAA